AUGAACUUGCUACUGUCUCUUCCUUUGCUGGGCCUGCUGCAGGCUGUCAUGGCGGAGUUGGACCCGCGUCUUACGGGGACAUGGACGACUAAGUCGCGGAAGGUCGUCACAGGGCCGGGCUUCUACGAUCCAAUCAAGGAUAGACUGAUCGAGCCAUCGCAUACCGGCAUCUCCUACUCCUUCACGGACGAUGGCUACUUCGAAGAGGCUCACUACCGCGCCAUCUCGAACCCACAAAACCCUGCCUGCCCAAGUGGUAUGAUGCUGUUCCAGCAUGGGACAUACGACGUCAAGCCCAACGGGACUCUCGUAUUGAACCCCUACACCUUUGAGGAUGACGGCCGUCAGUUGAUAUCCGAUCCAUGCAAGGGAAAGAAGGCGAGCUAUUACAGAUACAACCAGAACGAGACCUUCAAGAGAUAUGAAGUCCAGCUCGAUGAAUUCCACAAUAUACCGAGGCUCAACCUGUAUACACAUGAUGGCUCGCCCAUGAACCGCAUGUUUCUCAUCUACAAACCGCCACAGAUGCUUCCAACCAAGCAUCUCAACCCCGUCGUAAAGACUCCCUCACGACGAAAGAGAGAUCUCGCGGACAGUGAAUUCGAUACACCGCUAAACAAAAAUACCAUCCUAACACGACAGCUCUCCAUGCCUACCCACGCUGACCGAUGGUGGUGGGUUGGUGUCCUCAUGACCUCCAUCGGUGGAAUCGCCCUCAUCUACUCCUAA